CUCAUUUUUUCCUCGCGCACCUCUCGAGUUCUACCGGUCAGCCUCUUCUCUCCAGCUUCCUAGCCCUCCGAGCCAAGUAAGCUUUCUUCGUUUCUUUAUUAGUUUUUUCUACUUUUUCUUCCGGUAGAUGUCUUCCCCUGAUAGUCAAGAUAUUUCUGCCUCGGGUGCCCGCGCAUCCGAGGAAUCCCUUUCUUCGUCUUCUUCGACCGGGUCGUCUUCUCCCAUCUGGUCGACUCCAAACCCUCGAAUCCCUGAACCGCAGCCGCUAAACCAGAUGGCCGGUCACCUUUUUGCGGAGGGGGAGGAAUCGGUCAACGAUGAACCGGCCCCCUAUGACCCGGAAAAAGAGACCAGGGAUCAGUGGGUGGAGAGGUUGGACGCAGCCGGUUACUCUCCCCUCCCCAUUUCCUUUGUUUCAGAUAUCUACCCUCACGUGUCUAAGAUAGCAUUGAAUAAGGCUCGUAGGAAACUCCCGGUUGGCUACGUUCUCGAAUACGACGAGAACUGGCCCAACAUCAUCGAACCUCACCGGGAGGAUAGAAUAGGUUUCCAUAUUGCUUCCUUAGAGAGUGGUAUUGUUUUUCCCCUUCGCCCCCUCUUGGUUGAGCUUUGCCAUUGCUUUAAGAUCCUGCCCGGCCAGAUUACUCCCAAUGCCCACCGGUUACUCAACUCCUUUGCUAAUAUUUGCGCCCACCUUCACAUCGACCCCUCUCUUCGCCUCUUCCUUUAUAUGUUCGAGGUCCGUCCCGGCAAGCCGGGUUGCGAGGGUUUCGUCUAUUUCAAAGGGCGAAACAACCGUAAGUUCAUUUCUGACCUUCUGCAAAGCAACCGUUUGUGGAAGGAAAAAUUUGUGUUCAUAAAGUUCCCCCCCUCCGUCACCCCUCUGGCCGGUUUGACGUGGAGCGAUAACCUCCUGAAGUACCAAUUCAUUGAGCCGCCCACCACUCCGGACUUGGAGGAGAGUCUGGAACAGCUUCUUAAGGGGGACCCUCAUACCGGUCAGAUGUACCACUAUGGGGGUUGGGUUUGGCGCAUCCAACCGGGUGACGAGGGUUCCUCCCGGGCCCAUGAAGCAGCGGGGCACGGGGGACCCUCCCCGGGAAACACUGCGGAGGCUGGAGGCCCAAGUCACCCAGAUAUGAAUUUCAGGGCGUACAAUAUGCCGAAGACUACCGCCGGCUCUUCCUCUGCUGCCGCCACAAACAAGCCGGUACAACCGGAGACGGUUGUGAUACAUGAUGAGGAAGAAGACCUUCAGACCGGGGGAAGAGACCGGUCGGGGAAUGAACCGGUAAAUCCUUCCCCCAACAAGGAAAAGGGGAAGAAGAGGGUGAAGCACACGGCCUCAACCCACCCAUCCUCCAAAAAGAGAAGAGGGGGGCACUCCCCGGUUAAAGAGUCAAUGGAAGAGCUUUGGGUCAAGGUGACCCUUAAGCUGAAAGAGAUGGGCGAGGUUGGGUCCGAAGCCCUGGAGCAGCUUAACGGGGACUCCUCCUCCCGGUUGGCCCAACUUGAGGAGAAAUUGAAGAGAUCCGAGGCCCAUACCCGGGAACUCCAGGAUCUGACAGCCCGCCAGCUCGAGGAGAUGGAAAACCUUUCUAAGAUGGGCGGUGAGGCGAAGGCCGAGAUCCUCCAGCUGAAGGAGGAGAACCUGAAGCUCAUGGAGGACGCUGAGCUCAAGGAGAAGGAGUUUCCCGGCAAGGCUCGUCAAUGGAUGGAGGAGAACCUCGUGAAAGCUGCCCGGGUUCUCACCUCUUCUGAGGAGAGGACAAUGAAGGGCUUCAAGUUGCUGUACCAGUCAGAGCACGGAAAAGAAAUGAUUACCCAAGUCGGCUCCUAUGGUUUCAUGUCCGGCCAAAAGAGAGACCGGGAGGCAACGCACGCGAUCCUUGCUGAGCGGUUUCCAGAUUUUGAUGCUGAAUCCUACGGGCUGGCCCCCAUCCCGGAUGAUGAGCCUGCACCCCCUUUCCCCUUAGAAUGAUCUUCCCGGCUGCGCCCGGUUAUCUUUUGUAAACUCCAAACUUUGAAUUUCCCCGGGUAUGCCCGGUGUAGCUGUAAACAUUUAACAUUCUCAUUUUGUUUGAAUGCAUGUCUUUUUUCCAUACCGGUUGAUCUUGCCUACCUGCUUGCUCCUUGAUUGUUACUCUUUAUUGCUUCAUAGAAACUCUGACCGGUAGAUGAAUCAGGCUACUUCCCAAUUAU